GCGCCGCCAUCUUUAGGUCUUUUAUAGAACACCGGUGUGGCGGAGCGCGCAGCGGCCAUGUUUAAUGAGGGCAGAGGUUUCUGCACUUCGCUCCUCGGUGUGAGGAGAAGACUAAUGAUAGUUUAGGACAGUUUUGUGGAAGGAAGACCAUGGCUAUUCCCAUUCCUUUCCCCACUGUGCCCCUGUCUAGCGGCCAGAACAUCCCUAUUCUUGGUCUGGGGAUGUCUCAUGACGGAGGAUAUUCCCACAAUGCACUGCUUUAUGCCCUGAGAUCUUGUGGUAUCCGGCACAUUGAUACAGCUAAACGGUAUGGUAAUGAAGAAUUGGUCGGAAAAGCUAUAUCCGAAAGUGGAGUGAAGAGAGAAGAGCUGUGGAUCACCACUAAGCUGUGGCCAGGGGACUACGGAUAUGAAAAAGCCACACAGGCUUGUCUAGAUUCCUGCAAAAAACUUGGAUUAGAGUAUCUAGAUCUGUACUUGAUGCAUUGGCCUGAUGCUCACAUUCCUGGCAAGAGUUCCCGGGAGGCACGGGCAGAAACAUGGAAGGCUCUUGAGGAUUUGUAUUACAGAGGCAUUUGCCGUUCUAUUGGAGUCAGCAAUUUUCUAAUUCAUCACUUGGAGCAGCUGAAGGAAGACUGUGAUGUGGUUCCUCAUCUCAACCAGGUUGAAUACCACCCUUUUCAGAGGCCACAGGAACUGGUGGAGUACUGUAAGAGAAAUAAUAUAGUAUUUGGAGGAUACUGUCCUCUGGCUAAGGGACAGGCGCUGACACAUCCACUCAUUCUGAAGAUUGCAAAGCAGUAUGGGAAGACACCAGCUCAGAUUUGUAUACGAUGGAGCAUCCAGAAUGGCGUCGUCACCAUCCCAAAGUCAACAAAAGAGAGCAGAAUCGAUGAGAAUUGUCAGGUGUUUAACUUCCAUCUGCAAGAGGCUGACAUGACACGGAUCACGUCACUACAUAGUAACAAGAAGCUAAUCCAUCUGACAUACCCAUUGUGGAAAGGGUGAAUCGAGGAUCCACAUGACGUCCGGUGCACAGAUCCAGAAUAACCACUAUUACAUCAGCCAUUUCAUCUCUCACCUGUGCUACUUCCCGAACAGUGUUAAUCUUUAUUAUCUUUAUCAUGUAAUAAAAUAAUAAGUUGAUGGUUUUUACCAGUUGGUGGGGGGGGGGUGUCCCUGUAGAGUCUGUCAUUAUCCAAUCAAUGCUGCCUGUGGCCGACUGUGCAGGGACACCCCCCAAACUGGUACCGCUCAUCUGUAUCUUUAUCCAUAAACUUCUAGCAGGAAUAAGAGAAGAACAGCACAAUAUAGAUUCAUAAAGUUACCUGCACAUGGUGCUGAUUUGUGUGAAGAAAAUCUGCAUGAAAUCAGCACCAAAACCACACAUAAAUUCGCAUUAUUUAUUGCAGAUUUGGUGCAUUUUUAUGCCGAUUUUAGUUUAGAAAUUACGCGUUUUUUGGUGCGAAUUUUCUGUUUAUGUUAACCACUCUAUUGAAGUCUAUGGGGAAACCACUCUAAAGAAGGUGCGGAAUCUCACAAACAAUUGACAAUGCUGUACAUUUUAAAAAGUCAAUUUCCGAUCAUACGCAAUGAACACAUGAAUGGCACUUUAAUAAUAAUUAAAAAAAAUAAAAAUAAUAAUAAUAUGUAGGGAGAAAAUGUGUUAUGGAGCAAUAAGCUGCUACAAUGUAGAAACCAUACUGUAACACUGGAGCAGCACAAAGCUUUGACACAGCCACAGAUCCCAUUCAGACAUGU